CACACACACACACACACACUUGCUCUAUACAGAAGCUGGUGAUCUUUAUUAACCCUUUAUUAUUUUUUGAUUUGUUUUGUUAUUUCGCCAUUUAAACCCAUCCCAAAGCGUUUUGGGAAACAAAUAUAAAUAAAUAUAUAAUAUCAUGUCGUUUCGGGGUCUCGGUAAAAGCACCGCUCCUCACAACCGGGCUCUCAUUGUGUCGGUGGAGAAGUUCAGCGCAUGCGCAGGACUCGGAAACCGGAGCGGCGCGGCUCGGGAUGCGAAGCGUCUGCACGCGACUCUCACUCGGAGGGGCUUCCGCGUGACCCUGCUGGACGACCUGGACGCGCGCGAGAUCAUCGAGGCAUUUAAAGCAGAGAGUGAGCAGUCAGUGCACAGCUGUUUCGUGGGUGUGUUGUCAAGUCAUGGAGAGGAAGGAUUGAUAUUUGGAGCAGAUGGACGCCCUGUGAAACUUGCACAUAUAUACUCCCUAUUUGGAGGACCGACAAUGGCUGUCAAAAACAAACUGUUCCUAAUUCAGGCUUGUCGAGGAAAUAAACUGGAUGAUGGUGUUGAAGUAGACUCGUGUGAAGACGAUGGCGUGUUUGAAUGUCAGUCAAUCCCUGAAGAAUCGGUGGUCGCCUAUGCUACAGCUCCUGGUUACGGUGCCUACAUGAACCCAACUGGCUCUGUGUUUUUGCAGACAUUCUGUGACAUGGUGGAGGAGUUUGAAGACUGGGAGAUCACACGGUUUCUGACUCGGCUGAAUCGACGUGUAGCCUUUGAGUUUGAGGCUAAAGGACGUGAACUGCAGGGCAAAAAGGAGAUGCCGUGUUUCAUCAGUCGCCUCACUGCUGACUGUUACCCCUUCACCAACACACUGAGAGUCUCAGCCACGGAGCUGCUCAGAGACACGUACACUGCUCACAAAAACGCUAUCAGCUGAACUUACUCCUGACCUUCACAUCAUAUCAUUCAUUUGUCUACAGACUUCAGGAUGAUUUUGUGAGGAAGUGAUAACUCAUGCUGGUGCACCACAGUCAUGACACAAUCCUUUUAUUGGGUAAUGUGACUACAGGAACACCAGUGUGGUGAUCCUGUAGUCACAAGAGCUAGCCACUAGAGAGACCGUGAGAGUGUUUGCACAUAUUUAACAAACGCUGUAGAAUUUAUUUUUUAAAAUAUUAUACAUCAGGAAUAUAAUAGAUUUUUAUUUUAGUAAAAAACCAAGAACUGGUAGAUGUUAUUGUUAUGUAAUGUUUGCUAAUAAAUUGUCACUGUUACUACUAAACUCUGUUUAACACAAUUCAAGUAUCAAGUUUCAAGUUUUAUUUAUCAUAUACAAAUGUUUAAGUGAGGCUACAGACAAACUACAGCAAACUACAAAUAUUAAACUAUAAACGAUAUUAAACACUAAAGAGAAGAGGAGAAAAACUAAGGCAGAAAAAGUUAUAAUUAUUUACAAGUGUAUGCAGAAGUAUAUAUAUAUAUACAGUAUAUAUAUACCACCAAAUGAAGCAAUGAAAAAAUAAUUGUUGUUUUUGUUUUUUUGUCCCAUUUUGUAAUGUACUUGUGCACCCCAGGCUAGAAAAAUAAUUUUCAGAGAAUGAUCAGGACGACAUGGCCCGGUGAUGUGCUGGAGCUGAAAUCCAGCAUUAAUUUAUAUUUGUACACAUUAAUGACUUAUUCAGAGGUUUGUAUAAGAUUAAUGAAAUUACUUCAAAACAAGAUUUUAUAUUUUAUAUUCUUUUCAAUUAGAAUCCACUCAGUGCUUCUGAGCAUGUUCUCCACAUGAGGUUCCACAAGAUUCAUGAGGUAUUUGGAUUGUAAUUAAUGUUAACUCUUAACAGUGGCUCAGGGAAGCAAUCACCAUGAACAGUUUAACAUUUAUGUGACGAUCAGUGAACAGUUAUUACCUCAACAAUGAUGGAACUAUAAUGAAUUGACAUUUGGUACCAUCGAAUGAGGAUGAAGUUCCCCUUUGAGUCUGGUUUAUCCCACGUUUUUUCCUCAUACUAUCUCUGGGAGGUUUUUUGUUCAUUAGGAAAUAAACGUAAAGGAACUUAUUUGUGAUGCUAAAAUGUAUAUUCAUAAUCUAUUUAAUUCUGUAAAGUUGCUUUGAGACAAUGUGCGUUGAACUGAAUAUUUCUGUUAAGUGGCCAUAUAAGAAGAUAGAAACUAUAAAACCAUUAUAAAAUUAAAAUAAAAUUAUAAAAACAGUUUGACAUUACAAUUUAAACCAAUAUCACUCCAUAUUUUGCUGCCUGGUUUUUAUUUUUUUAUUCCACUCUUCAUGUUGUACAGAUUUUUUGGUUACAUUCAAGAAAUGUUUGUUUGUAAUCCAGGCACACAUGCUUUCUAAAUUCCCCCACCUGGUGCCAUGACCCGGAUAACAACACCGGCAGGUCAGAAAAUACAAAUGUAUCAUGAAUUAACAUCCAAUGUUGUAUUAAGAAAAUCGGUUCUGUAGAACACGGUAUUCACAGGCAAAUAACAAUGAAUGUAAUAUUUAACAUAACUUAUAUGACAAAA